UCUUUCCCUACAACUAUCACCUCCAAUCCGUCUUGAUGGCUGUUGUGACUGUCUAGGAGCUACUAACUGAUCAUCCGGCUGCUGCCAAGAAAUGUCCCAUACCUGAUCGUGAUCUCCGAAUUGAUUCCUAGCGAUGAGCGAGCGGUUUUGUUGCGUCUCACCGACAUACAAUUCUCCCUGACCUUCGAGGAUGGCGAGUGUCAAUAUCUCGCGCACUUUGGUUUAUAACGAUCUAGUUGACUUAUCCCCCUAAUAAAAGGCUCACUCUGGAGCUAGAGUCAUGACAAAAGGGUGUUAUACCUGCCGUCGUCGCCGCAUCAUCUGCGACAACGGCCUCCCAACCUGUCGAAAAUGUCGAGAUGCGGGGAAGGAAUGCCUGGGGUAUCAGAAGCCUCUUGUCUGGGUGAAAGGAGGUGUGGCCAGCCGGGGCAAGAUGAUGGGUCGCAGCUUUGAUGAAGCGAAGACGGACUCGGAUCACAAUGGCCCCUCAAGCAGCGGCCCGCUGCCGCUUCCCAUGGUUGAUGCUUGCGGUCCAACGAGACCUCACAAGCCCGGAAAUGCUGGUGGUUGCGAGACCUCCAUGGUCCAAACGGUAUCUAGAGCUCAGUCCAACAAUGUCAAUGACUUCGUCUUCACCGAAGAUUACAUUCCCUCGCCAUGGGGCUUGGUUGAUCCCCUGCUUAAAGACCUCAGUCAAUUCUCGCGCAUGUACAUGUUCCACUUUAAUCAGUAUUUAAUAAAUGAUCUCGUGCUAUACCCUAAUAUGGGAAACCCAUACCGUGAACUCCUCGCCUUGGUCGGCGACUCUCCUGUUCUCGCCCACGCCCUCUCUGCCACGGGGGCUUUACACUAUUCACUCAUGGCAAAUGAAGACUUUUCACCAAUGCCUUGGUCAAAUGAUGCGACCCCAAAUGGAAAACAGCUAUCCCCGCAAGAGGUAGAGAAUUUGGCAAUAAACUCCAUGCGCCGGCGUCCAAUAUCCAAAGUGUAUGAGCAUUUCCUCGGGUUCAAGCAGCGCGCUCUCCAUCAGGUUUCCCAAGAUAUCUCGGAUCCAGUGAUGCGAAAUGAUAAUCGGACUCUAGCAGCAAUCAUGCUUCUUUCUUUAAUGGAUGCCAUCGAAUCAGGCGAUGGGGCUUGGAAAUAUCACUUGGAAGGGGCAAAAAAGUUGAUCAAAAGUCGGCAGAAUGACUCUGAUCGCUCUCAAGCACGAGGGAUCAUCGACUGGCUGGAUACAUUUGCUGUUGAUGGGUGUCUUAUCAUCCAGCUUAUGGGCUCUACUCUUGCACGGCCUGGGGUUCUUUCAAAGCCCGUCUACACCUCUUCCAUGGGCCCAGCUGUGCUAGAACGCUUAGAAAAAACAUCCUGGGUCGGCUGUCCAGCUUACCUACUCGAUGUGAUAUUUUUCGUUCAUUCCGGGUGGUGCUGGGGAGACUCCGAUGCCGACUCUGACUCGCAGCCGAGAAUGGUCUUCUCCUCGUCUUUUUUGCCCAAAAACUCCCAUCCUCUCCACUCCCCCGAUGCCCUUCUACAGCACAUCCAAGCUUUUGAUCCAGUUUCCUGGGCCGAAAGCAUGCAAACCUAUCUCUUCCUCCCAGAUACAUCGGUACGAGUCGCGCUAGCAACCGUCUACAAGGCCUCUGUGUAUCUCUACGCCAGUCGAGCACUAUCCCGGCCCCGAACAAGCUUCGUCCUCACCUCAGCCCGUUUCGGUCUACCCGCAGAUCAUGCAUCCGUGGCCGAUAUCCUCAUCCGCCAGAUCGCUCUCAUCCCCGUCGCCGAUCCGCAUUUCAAAUGCCUCAUCUGGCCUACCUUCAUCGCGGGCGCCGAGUGCCGGAAUGCGUCUCAACGUGCCUUCAUCCUAGACCGUCUCAGCACACUCUACUAUGCCGUAGCUAGCGUUAAUGUCCGAAACGCAGCGUGGGUGCUAAGCUUGAUGUGGCGGAAACAAGAUCUCAGGCGAGAGACGAGGCGUAAAGACAGCAUGGGACAAGACGCUCAGUCCCCGUCCCCGUCCCCCACUUCUUCAAACGACGAGCGUAUCAAUGAUUAUGAUGAUGAUUUUGAUUGGAUCCAAGAGCUGGAUGAUUCUCGAGUUGACUGGCUAUUUAUAUAAUAAUGUCCUGUAUCUAUUAAAAUACUUCUAUGAAUAAUGAAUAUGUAAUAAUGACAUACAUCUUUUUCAGGUGUAACCAGGGAAAAGACUGCAUUUUUGCAUUCAAGCUGUUGGAAUCUAUCCAUCAAGCUACUGUAGUUGCAAGCCAGCUCAAAAUCUACAGACUGUAAGG